AUGCUUUUCCUCCCAGCUGCUGCUCUGUGCUGUCUGUGUUCAGCGCUGGUUGCCAUGGCAGCACAGCUGAUUCAGGAGGAUUUAACAUUGACCAGGAGAACUGGUGAAAAUGUUUCCUUCAGCUGUCGAGAACUUGACCCGUGUAUAGAUGGAGAUGUAAACUGGUACCAGAAGAAAGACACAAAAACAUUCAAACCGAUUCUUGAUAUUAACAGGAAUACUGGUGAAUUAUAUAAAGGUUACGAUCACCCUCAGGAAGAUGAUUUCUCAGCUGUAAAGACACAGAACGGCUGUGAGUUGCAGAUCCAGACAGUUCAACUCUCACAUUCAGCCACCUACUACUGUAACUGUGUGAUAGAAGUUUCCCACACUGACACAUUCAGCAGCAGAGAGGUUUUUGUACGACGCUUUUUCACUGUGUCAGACAGAAAGUGGUACGAUAUCUUUGGAACAACCUACUACUACCCCAUCUUUGGCUCUGGCACUAAACUGUUUGUAGAUGAGCAGGUAGUGAAGCCCGUGGUGAGCGUGUACCCAGCAGCAUCCAGAGCCCACCUGGAGGGGAGGAGCUCCCUGCUGUGUCUGGCCUCAGCCAUGUCUCCUCCUCUGGUCCAGUUCUCCUGGAAAAGACAGAAGAAGAACGGACCGCUGAAGAAUCUGAACCCUGCUGAGUUUGAGCAGCUGGAGCUCAGAGAGCCGGGACGCAGCGCCUCCAUCCUGCUGCUCCAUCAGCAAGAGAACAGCACAUAUAAAUACCGCUGCUACGUCAAGCACGAGGGGGGCACAGUGGAGGCCCAAACAGAACAAGAGGUUCCAGCUGCAGCAGCCUCCUGUCCUCCAGAGAGAGAGCCAGCAGACCUGCCAGCUCUGCAGCAAGCUGACUUGCUCUUCCAGUCUCAGUGCAGGGUGCUGCUGCUCUGUGUGCUGUACACAGUGCUGAUAGUGAAGAGUCUGGUGUACUGCUGUGGACUCUCUCUGCUGAUGAUCCUCAGAAACAAGGGACCGUCCACCAACUGCACACAUGCUGACUGACUGUUUCCUGCUCGCCUUUUCUCACCAUCACAUCUCAUCAAUUCAUCUCAUUCAUCAC